AUGGAGCUUUCUUUGGGAAUUAAAUUAUUAACAGUUUUUGUUUCGUGUGUCAAGGUUUAUGCCCAAGUGGCGCAUCAGCUCAAGCAUCCAGGCCUGAAAGUGUUGUCCUCAGCCGCACAUUAUUGGCCUCUUGAUGCUGUGGAUGGGAUCCACGGACUGUAUGACCAGAUUGGAAACAGACCAGGUUAUGUUAACGGAAGUAAUAUAACUCUCAGAAUCCACAAGCACACUGUGCUCCCUUCCUCCCAUAACACUUCCUAUGUGUAUACCAAUGACUCUGCCUACACUAACAUUUCUGCGACAGUAGAUAUUGUUGAAGGCAUGGUCAAUAAUGGCAUCUACUUGGAUGGUGACAAGGGUGGUACUUUUCUGCACUUUGGAAGCUACCAGAACUCUUGUAUUAGUGACCCUACGUUAUGUGGCCCUGAUGGGAUUACCUUCUCCUUUUUUUGGAAGAACCAUGAAGCGGAAUCUCGUUUUGCCGUAGCAUCUGGAGGUAAAGUCAUCUCUAAUGGCUUCUCUGUCUACACCAACCCUCAUGGAGGAUAUGUGGAGUUUUACACUCGGGGCAACAACCACAGAUGGAAAGUCAAUAUCAAGGUUCCAGGACCUUAUUGGACUCACAUUCUCUUUACCUGGAAAAAGACAGCAGGUCUAAAGGUUUACAUAAAUGGCACCUUCACUGCUGGAGACGAAAAUGGCAGUGUUUCCGAAAAUUACGGUGACCCUUUCCCGGAUCUUGUCAUUGGAACUGGCAAUGAUAGAACGUAUGGCCACUAUGUGACGGGGGCCUUUGAUGAGUUUGUCAUCUGGGAAAGAGCUCUCCUGCCCACUGAGAUCUUUCAGUACUACAGUGCUGCUAUAGGUCAUGCUAUAGAAUAUGCUACAACACCAGGUGUUUACAAAGAACUGCCUCUCUCUACGACAACUGUGAGAGCCAUCGAAGUGAGUCCUCCUGUUGUCAAGAGUGUGCUUGAGGAGGUCCCAGGCUCCCAGGGUCCGGAGUCUAUGCCAGUUUUGGGCAUUCUGAAGGUUCUACCCAAUAGGACCAUUCCCCACAACACAGCCACUAACCUGACACAGGCUUUCCUCAAAAAUGUGGAAGAAGUGCUGUCCUCUCCUGGAUUACCAGAGCAGUCCGGUCCUGUGGUCAGCGGCUUGAUCGAAACCGUGGAUCGAGUAAUGGACCACAUGGUAGCUAACUUGGAGCCCAGCCCCAACUCUCUCAUCUCCCUGGGAGGAACAUCAUUUGUUGCAGAUUAUUCUUUGAUGAAAUUGCCCCAGAACUACAAUUUGCCACAUUACCGCUUCCCCACACAGGGAAAGAGCUACAUUUCUGUUCCCGGAGAGGCUUUCACCAUGCAAUCUCAAACCACCAUCGUCGGCCUCUUUUACCACAACAUGCACAGCUACUACAAAGAAAUCAGCCCUGUCAAGACCAGGAUUAAUGAAGCUGCUAAUUUCAAGGAUCAUAAAAUCCAGGUUGCCAGCUCAUUAAUUUCACUGAACGUAGAGCCAUCACCAGCCCUGUCAGUCAACCUCUCUGGUGCUCCUCUCAUCAAGAUCGUUCUUACCCACACACUGAGUGAAGAACAGAUGCAACAAGUGUUAAAUCAAAGUAAUAAGGUGUUCUUGUACUGUGCCUUCCUUGACUAUAGUUCAAAAGAGGGAGUAUGGUCAAAUCGAGGCUGUGUACGCUCAGAGGGAAACAUGACAUACUCUGUGUGUUUGUGCAACCACCUCACCAAUUUUGCCAUUCUAAUGCAAGUGGUUCCCUUAAAGCUCACAGCUCGCCACCGGGUGGCACUAUCAACCAUUGGCUAUGUUGGAUGCUCAAUUUCCAUUUUCUGUCUGGCCAUCACACUUGUCACAUUUGCAGUCCUAUCGUCAGUGAGUACUAUCCGGAACCAGCGCUACCACAUCCAUGCCAACCUAUCUUUUGCCAUCCUAGUGGCUGAGAUUUUGCUGCUCAUCAGCGCCAGCUUCGACCCUGGAACGCUGCCAUGUAAGAUCAUGGCUGUCCUGCUUCACUUCUUCUUUCUGAGCGCCUUCGCCUGGAUGCUCGUGGAGGGCCUCCACCUGUACAGCAUGGUUGUCAAGGUGUUUGGUUCUGAAGGCAGUAAACACAUUUACUACUAUGGCAUUGGUUGGGGUUCUCCACUUGUGAUCUGUGUGGUGUCUAUGACAUCAUCUUUAGGCAGUUAUGGUGAGGUUGACAACUGUUGGUUGUCGCUGAAAAAUGGAGCCAUCUGGGCCUUUGUGGCACCAGCUCUUUGUGUCAUUGUGGUAAACAUUGGCAUUUUGAUAUCGGUAACCAGAAUUAUAUCUCGCAUCAGUGGAGAAAAUUACAAAGUUCAUGGGGAUGCCAAUGCAGUGAAGCUUACUGCAAAGGCUGUGGCAGUACUUUUACCUAUACUCGGCAUUUCAUGGAUAUUUGGAGUUCUAGCUGUCAAUACGCAUUCCUUGCCAUUCCUUUAUAUCUUCGCAAUUUUUAACUCUUUGCAGGGUUUCUUUGUCUUCCUGUUUCAUUGUCUACUUAACUCUGAGGUCAGGGCUGCUUUCAAACACAAGACAAAAGUGUGGUCUCUCACCAGCAGCUCCAUGCGACACAUCAACGUGAAGCCCUUCAACUCUGACAUUAUGAAUGGAAACAAGGAGGGUGUAUCCCCCACUAAGAUGAACACAUGGGACAAAAGCACCAACUCAGCCAAUCGUAUUGACCUCUCUGCAGUGUAG